AAAUUUAUUUGGCGUGUGCGCCCUGGGGCUGCUAAAACAAACCCCAAAUGGCUUGUAGCGCAAGCAUAUCAUCACCGCUAUAUUUAUCUUCAGACUUUUCCACCUUUUGUUUUUCCUAAUUAUCUGUGAAUAAAUUCGUUUCAAUCGUUGUGCCAGGGUUUUGUUUGGGCUAAUUUGGCGUAGGAAUUUAUCAGCUAGGGCGAUUUGAAUGCUGUGAAAGUAUGAUGAUUCAAAGAUUUUUGACUGCUAAACAUUUUGUCACAGUUUGUGUAGAACAAUAUAAAAUUAUUUGAGAGUGUCUUUGGCAUGCUUGAUUUUGAUGGAAAAUGGCUAUUCCUAUGGAGAAUUCAUCUUCUCAAUCAACACAAGAUAUGGUUCAACGUCGAUACAAAAGGCUUUAAUUGAGCAAGAACAGCAUUCCCUGGUCUUCCUCCAACUGGAAUGAAAAGCCAUUUUCAUUUUAGAGCAUCUGCUUGUUAUGGUGAUGGACUUGGAAAAAAAGUUGAGGGAUUCAAUUCAGGCAAAGACUCCUUCUGAUCCUAAUAUUUGGAGUCAGAUGCGGGAGAACUAUGAAGCUAUAAUACUUGAAGAUCAUGAUUUUGCAGAAGCAAAGGAAAUUGAACAUGCACUGUGGCACUUGCAUUAUAAGCGUAUUGAAGAGUUUAGAGCUCGAAUGCGGAGUGCUGUUGUUGCAGCUGGUGGUAAUAAUACAACUCAGGGAGGUAGAAGUGUUGCGAGGAGAGAACAAGUUAAUAAAAUCCGAUCUGUUUUCAAAAGUUUUCUUUCCGAGGCAACUGGAUUCUACCAUGAAUUAAAUCUAAAGAUCAAAGCCAAGUAUGGAUUCCCAGUUGAUCCCUUUUCUCAACAAAGGGAAGAUUAUUUAGGUUCUACAAAUGACAAAACUAAGUCUGCUGAUUUGAGGAAAGCUCAGGUUUCUUGUCAUCGGUGCCUGAUAUACUUAGGAGAUCUUGCUCGAUAUAAGGAAUUACAUGGAGAGGGAGAUCCUUCAGGGCGGGAUUUCAAAGUUGCAGAAAGCUAUUAUAUACAGGCUGCUUCACUCUGGCCAGCAAGUGGGAAUCCACACCAUCAGCUUGCUAUUUUGGCAACAUAUAUGGGGAAUGAAUUGGUGGCAGUCUAUCGCUAUUUUCGAAGCUUGGCAGUUGAGGCACCAUUUUCCACAGCAAGGGAUAAUUUGAUUCUGAUAUUUGAGAAGAAUCGUCAGCAUUACUCUCAUGUACGUGAAGCUGAAGUAGCCCUCAUUAAGCAGAUGCCUACAAAAGUUGCUGGAAGAGGAAGGGGUAGAGGAAGAGGGGAUACAAAAUUUGCUGUAAGAGAAGAGAAACAAGACCCCGCUAUAAAGAAAAUUCAAGUGAACAUUGCAGAGGUUAACAAGACCUUUCGCAUUCGGUUUGUCCGCCUUAAUGGGAUCCUUUUCACACGCACAAGCUUGGAGACAUUCGAUGAAGUUUAUUCUUCAGCUAUAAGUGAAUUUGAGGAACUUAUUACACCUGGAAAUAAUUCAGAGAUGGGAAUUGGUUCAGAUGCCUGGACUAGUGGUUCCACGUUUUGCGGACUUGUGGUUCUCCAGCUUUUGUCAAUUCUAAUCUAUACAGUUCAUAACGUAAAUGCUGAAGCUGAAAGCAGUAACCUGUCUUAUGCGGAAAUUUUGCAGCGAUCUGUCUUGCUGCAGAAUGCAUUCACUGCUUCCUUUGGAUUUGCAGGGUGCAUUAUUAGCAGAUGCUUGAAUGUGGAUGAUGUUUUCUCAUGCCCAUUCUUGCCAGCAAUAUUAGUCUUCAUGGAAUGGCUGGCCUGCAGGCGGGAUGUUGCAUUGGGUAAUGAAUCUGUUGAAGAGAAGCAAGCCAAGGCAAGAACACUGUUUUGGACAAAAUGUGUUAUUUUCUUGAACAAAUUAUUGGACCUUGAAAAGGUUUGCCAAGAUUCUAAUGGAGGUAGGUUGGAAAAUGAGGCCGCUUUCACUUCACUUAACAGGUAUAACGAGGAGGAAGCAGGUGGUGUUGCAUUAUGGGAGGAUUUUGAACUAAGGGGAUUUUUGCCAUUAGCACCAGCACAGCUUGCUUUGGAUUUUUCUAAACAACAUUCUCUCAGUGGAAAGAAAGAAAGGAACAUUAGGGUGCAAAGGAUCCUGGCAGCUGGGAAGGCUGUUGGAAAUUUACUCGAAGGCUCUGGGCAAGGAAUGUCUUAUGAUGCUGAUAUGAUGAUUUUUCAUGUUGCUGGAAGUUAUCCUGAAUACAAAAAGAAAAAAGAAUCUGAAGCCAUCAAGCCAAAGAUCACAAAAUCAAUGAACAAUCUUGAUAAUCAUGUACAGGUGAUUGGACCUGAAACUGUAAAGCAAGAUAUAUCUUACAUAGAAAAACCUGUGAUCAGUUCUUCAGUUGCUAUGAUUGUGAAGUCAGAUUCAGAUAGAGAACAAGAAGAAGAGGAUGAAGUAAUUGUAUUCAAACCUAUUGUAGCCGAAAAGCAUCCCGAGUCUGUAGCUCUGAACCCACAGCAGUCAUCUGUCACUGUUAGUGCAAAUUCAAGUUUUCAUGAUAUGACUACAGCCAUUACACCUCGAGAAUUGCAACAAAAAUCAAAUGUGGUCUCAUCGGUAGAGAUCCCUUUUCAUAUUUCUCAGUCCUCUGCCGCAUUGACAGGAGCAAUGGACGUUUUGUCUGGAGCAUAUUCAAAUCCUCAAGAAGUCUCAAAGUUAUUUGGGGGCUCUGCAAGUACUGUAGAUCAUUGGUCAACUGGCAUUGGAUUAUCUGCGCCUGGAAUUGCUAGUUCUCUUGGUAGUUGGGGUAUGACAGGUUAUGGAGUACCAUUUGGAAACAACCAUACGAGUCUCACGAGCAUGGUAAAUGUAAACAACCAUACAAGCCUCCCAAGCAUGGUAAAUGUAAGUCAACAAUCUGCUCAGCUUAUAAAUCAGUCAAACCCUUUAUGGUAUGGAGAUCGUGAGGCACAUGUUUUGGAAGGGAUAAUAAACCUAAACCUCCAUCAGUUUGCAGGGAAUGGGUCUAUGUUUGGAUCAGAGCUUCCAGCUGGUAUGAAUGGGAAAGUUGAAUUUGCUCCUGCAAAUCUGAGCAUGUUACCUUCUCAAGAUCUGCAUUCAUCAAUUGCACACAAUAGUGGAAUUUCUGUGGGUGCAGUAGCUUCUGGUAUGUCAGGGAAUCCACUUUUAUGUGAUCCUUCCUUAGGCACAGCUUCGACAUACUCCAACCAACAAAAAGUUUCUGUUGAACUGGAUGUAGCAAAAUCUGAGGUACUGCCACGAUCUGAGUUUGGUACAUUAACAUCAUCAACUACAAGUGUGACUUCAAAGGCUUCAAGCAUCCCUACAGUAAGUUCUACAGUGAUCUCUAAGAAGGGGCCUGUGAGUAGACCCGUUCGACAUUUUGGACCUCCACCUGGCUUUGGUCCUGUACCCUCAAGACCACUAGACAGCAAGGUUGAUUCGAUGCAACGUGGUUCUGCUGCAUCAAACAUAAGUGAGAAGGUGAUUCAGAAGAACGAGCAACCCCAGCUGGAUGACUACAGUUGGUUAGAUGGAUAUACGCCACUGAAUAAAGACGGAGGGAGAAAAGAUUCUCUUUUGCCUCACUCAGGCUACUACUCCUUGCCAGCGAGUGACAGCCUGAUCAAUGCUGCUACAACAUUUCCUUUUCCAGGCAGACAGGUUCCAAAUAUGAAGUUGUGUGAAGAACAGCAGCAACUUCAAUAUAACAGGAGGAGCCAAGAACAAUCGCUGUGGUCUGAGCAAUACUUUGGUCGAGAUCCUUGAGUUUUAUGAAGUCACUUUUAGUAAUGAAUUGGAUAUGCUGUUAUCAUUACCUGGGAUAUCCAUUGAAGCUUUGAUGUAUGGCAUGCUCUGUGGCUUCAUUGGAAAGGAUUUCUGAGCUAAGUAUUGCCCAUCAGUGAUCUAUAGGGCCGCCCAAGUCAAAGGGUUUUCACCUGAUAUAAACUGCCUCGCGAUCAAUUAUGUGAUAAAGUAUCUAGAUAAAGUUUGAUUUGUCAUGUCUUUGACAUUUCUUGUUGGAUUUGCUGGCCAGUUGGUUCUUCAGUGAUCUUUUCAUCAGAGGCUCAGCAAAACGUGAGGUGGUACAUUACCUCCAAAGAUCAUUAUGUGGAUUGGUAAAUUAUUAAGCUGGAGGUGGUGACUUGUUGGUGGGUUAUUGAACAAAGAAAGCAAAACAUAAGGUUCAGUAGUAUCCUCUAUUCAUUCUUUCCAUGGGCUUUACAAAUCAGAUUGAUCGAGAAUGUGUCCUUCCAGUUUGAAUUUUGAAUUGGAAAUAUGAGAAUGAAGGUUUUGAACUGCCAUGCUUUACAAUGAUCAAAAGGGUUUCUCAGCGUGCAUAUGGGCUGUGAUUGCACCACGUUUGCCAAAGAGAAAUCAAUUUUCUGGAAUUAGAGUUAUAGUGUUAAAUUUAUUUCAAUAAUACAUGGGAUGAGAUCCGGAGGGUGCUUGAACUGGAGAUUUGAUCUUUGGGUUCUUGCUACUUCUAUCUCUGUAGUAGCAGUGUUUUAUUGGUCCAAGAAACUUGAUUAAAGACUUGCUAUAUGUGUUCUAGCUGUUAUUAGUGAUUGAAAUCAGAAUUUGGGGAAUGUUUCCUGGCUAUGUGCUAUCUGAUUUUGAGGACAUAUUUUACUGCAAACAAUAAUGGAUGUAUGUUUGAUAUGACUUAAAUAAUUCAAAAUGUCAUUAGGUUCUUGUGGA